CGGCAGAGGGUCGUGCCUGACGCCCCUGUACAAGUGCAGUGAUGACUCUCUCGUGUAGCUGAAGUGCAGACUGGUUGGAAUAUGCUGCAGACAAUUUACGAGAGUGAAUCGUGUUUUUCCUCAGAUGGGGUUUCUGGACGCGAACAGCUCUUGGCUCAGCAAAGAAUGCACAGUAUGAUCAGCUCAGUGGAUGUGAAGUCAGAGGUUCCCGUGGGAUUAGAGCCUAUCUCACCGUUAGACUUGCGAACCGAUCUCAGGAUGAUGGUUCCCAUGGUGGACCCAAUUAUGCGUGAAAAGCAGCUACAGCAGGAGCUACUUCUGAUACAGCAGCAGCAGCAAAUUCAGAAACAACUGCUGAUUGCAGAGUUUCAGAAACAGCAUGAAAAUCUGACCCGCCAGCAUCAGGCCCAGCUGCAGGAGCACAUAAAGUUACAACAGGAACUCCUAGCCAUUAAACAACAGCAAGAACUUCUCGAAAAAGAGCAAAAACUGGAGCAGCAGAGACAAGAGCAGGAACUGGAGAGGCAUCGCAGGGAACAGCAGCUUCCUCCCCUCAGAGGCAAAGAAAGAGGUCGAGAAAGGGCAGUGGCCAGUACGGAAGUGAAGCAGAAACUUCAAGAGUUCCUGUUGAGUAAAUCAGCAACAAAAGACUCUCCAGCAAAUGGGAAGAAUCAUUCCAUGAGCCGCCACCCCAAGCUCUGGUACACGGCUGCCCACCAUACCUCACUGGAUCAAAGCUCUCCACCCCUGAGUGGGGCCUCGCCACCGUACAAAUACACUUUACCAGGAGCACAGGAUGCCAAGGAUGAUUUUCCACUCCGUAAAACGGCCUCAGAGCCCAAUUUGAAGGUACGUUCAAGGUUAAAACAGAAGGUGACAGAAAGGAGAAGCAGUCCUUUACUCAGGAGAAAGGACGGAAAUGUUGUCAGUUCAUUCAAGAAGCGACUCUUUGAGGUGACAGAAUCCUCAGUCAGUAGCAGCUCCCCUGGAUCAGGUCCCAGUUCCCCAAGCAAUGGUCCGACCAGCAGUAUAACAGAAAGUGAAACCUCAGUUUUGCCAUCUAGCAUUCAAGCUGAGCAUUUGGUUUCACAGCAACGCCUUUUGAUUCAGGAUGAAUCAGUGAACUUGUUGAGUCUGUACACAUCCCCUUCUCUGCCCAACAUUACCUUGGGACUUCCAGCAGUACAAACUCAAAUCACUGCUUCAUCAUCAUUCAAAGAAAAGCAGAAGGGAGAGACCCAGACGCUCAGACAAGGAGUGGCCUUGGCUGGACAGUAUGGGGGGAGCAUUCCUCCAUCUUCAACUCAUCCUCAUGUUGCUUUGGAGGGAAAGCCAAAUAGCAGCCACCAGGCUCUCUUGCAACAUCUGUUACUGAAAGAACAAAUGAGACAGCAAAAACUUCUUGUGACUGGAGCGGUUCCUCUUCAUCCACAGUCUCCUUUAGCAGCAAAGGAAAGAGUCUCACCUGGAAUAAGAGCUGCCCACAAACUGCCUCGUCACAGGCCACUGAAUCGAACCCAGUCAGCUCCUCUUCCUCAGAGUACUUUGGCCCAGCUGGUCAUCCAGCAGCAACAUCAACAGUUUUUGGAGAAGCAGAAACAGUACCAGCAACAGAUCCAGAUGAAUAAGAUGCUCUCUAAGUCCAUUGAGCAGCUAAAGCAGCCUGGCAGUCACCUGGAGGAAGCUGAAGAAGAGCUUCAUGGAGACCACUCGAUGCAGGAAGAGCGAGCUGCUGCUAGCAGUGCCAGCAUUAGGGCUGAGAGCAGAAGUGCUGGUGUGGAUGACAGAAUAGGACAGCAGGUUGGGGCUGUGAAGGUCAAAGAGGAGCCACCGGACAGUGAUGAGGAUAUUCAAACCCAGCAAAUGGAAUCUGGGGAGCAAGCUGCUUUUAUGCAACAGGAGUUCAUGGCGCAUCGGCAUGUCCACCAGUUGCAAAUCUACCAGGCUCAGAUGGCUACAGUUGGCAUGGCGGGAUUAGAUAAACAUCGGCCGGUGUCCAGGACCCCACCUUCCCCCACUGACUCCACGUUACCUCACCCAGCCAUGGACCAGCCCAGCCAGCAUGUCUACACAACUGGUGUUGUGUAUGACAGUCUGAUGCUGAAACACCAGUGUAUGUGUGGCAACUAUGCUAAUCACCCUGAGCAUGCUGGAAGGAUCCAAAGCAUCUGGUCGAGGCUGCAAGAAACUGGGUUGCUAAACAAGUGUGAGCGAAUUCGAGGUCGAAAAGCCAGUCUGGAGGAAAUACAGCUGGUUCACUCUGAACAUCAUUCACUGCUGUAUGGCACCAGCCCCCUGAACAGACAGAAGCUGGACCCCAGGAAACUCCUAGGAAACGUGUCUCAAAAACUCUUUUCCUUGUUGCCUUGUGGGGGACUUGGGGUGGACAGUGACACCGUUUGGAACGAGCUGCACUCGGCCGGGGCGGCACGCAUGGCGGUGGGCUGUGUCAUCGAGCUGGCGGCCCGCGUGGCCUCCCGGGAGCUGAAGAAUGGUUUUGCUGUUGUAAGGCCCCCAGGCCAUCAUGCUGAAGAAUCAACAGCCAUGGGAUUCUGCUUUUUUAAUUCGAUUGCAAUUACUGCCAAAUACUUGAGAGACAAGCUGAAUAUAGGGAAGAUAUUGAUUGUAGAUCUGGAUGUUCACCAUGGCAACGGUACACAGCAGGCUUUUUAUGCUGACCCCAGCAUCCUGUAUGUUUCCCUCCAUCGCUAUGAUGAAGGCAACUUCUUCCCUGGCAGUGGAGCCCCAAAUGAGGUUGGAAGUGGCCCAGGCGAAGGUUAUAAUAUAAAUAUUGCUUGGACAGGUGGCUUGGAUCCUCCUAUGGGUGAUGUUGAAUAUCUCACAGCAUUCAGGACUGUGAUCAUGCCAGCGGCCAAUGAGUUUGAUCCAGAGAUUGUCUUGGUAUCAGCGGGAUUUGAUGCCGUGGAAGGCCACGACUCUCCACUGGGCGGGUAUAAAGUCACAGCAAAAUGUUUUGGUCACCUAACCAAGCAAUUGCUGAAGCUAGCGGAUGGCCGUGUUGUGCUGGCACUGGAGGGAGGACAUGACCUUACUGCCAUCUGUGAUGCAUCUGAAGCCUGCAUAAACGCCCUUUUAGGAAAUGAGCUGGAGCCUCUCCCGGAAGAUAUUGUGCACCAAAUCCCCAAUAAGAAUGCAAUAGCUUCUUUAAAAAAGACCACUGAAAUUCAAAGCAAGUACUGGAAGUCAGUGGAGCCAUAUUCUGUGCCAGUGGAUUGUGCUCUGGCUGAGUCUCAGAAACGAGAGAGGGAGGAGACAGAAACAGUAUCUGCUAUGGCCUCCCUUUCAGUGGAUGUUGAACAGUGCUUUCCUCAGGAAGGCAGCAGAGCUGCUGGCGAGCCCAUGGAAGAAGAACCAGCCUUGUGAAGUGCCAAGUCCUCCCUGAUAUUUCCUGUGGGUGACAUCAUUGUGUAUCCCCCCAAAGCACCCUCAGACAUGUCUUGUCUGCUGCUUGGGUGGCACAGAUCAGAUGGAACAUAAACACUAGGCACAAAACUCUGAAUAGCAGCUUCACUUGUUCUUUGGAUGAACUUGAAAGGGCCCUAAAGAUUCCUUAAAUGUAACCGCUACAAUUCUAGAGUUACAGUAAAACAGGCUUGGGAGAAAGAGCCUAGAGCAUGCUUUUUAUAUGCUGUUUGACCCACUCACCAACAUGAAUUGUGAAAUAGAGUGUUACAAAAUUCUACAUGAUAGAUUAUAGAUACAAGAGUUGCAACAGCCAGCAAAAUACUUGGUAAACUCCAUGAAUCACUUUCUGACACUUUUUACUGGGUAAUUUUUUUCAUACUGUGUUAAAUUGUUAAUAGAAUUUGUUUUCUUUGCUUUGUGUAAUGAAGAAAAAAAAAAAAAAAAACUUUUAUGUGCUGUUUUUUAACCCCUUGUAAUGACUUCUUAGCAGAAUGAGUAAAAGGUGUGUAAACUAAGAUGAGGGAUUUUAGCUAAAGGGAAAGUACUUCUUAUUGUACUAUAAAUCCCCCAAAGUACUGUGCUUGGUGGUGCUUUUUUUAUUUUCCCUUUUCCCAGACAUAUCUCCCCAUUUAAUGUAACAUUUUCUAUCAUAAAAUCACAUUCACAAUUCCCUAAAAUGAGCGACCUUCUGUCUUUAAAAAAGUGCUGUACCCGCCGUAGUUGACAGUAGCUCUCACCAGAUGUGCAGCAGAGAUCAAGUAGUCUCUGAAAAAUGAAUGGCUUUCCAAAUGUGUUUUUAGUUUGUUCCAAAAUGUUUCUGUGUCCUGACUCUGAGAGCAGCAAUCAGCAGCGGCUGCGUGCAGCUCUCAUUUGGAGCUCAGGUGUUUCCGUGGAGGUUGUGUGGGGAGCAUUUUUACAGGUUGUCAUGUGAAUACGGACUGAUUCUUUUAUGUAGUCCUGCACUGAGAGAGCUGAUGUUGCUUAAGAAGUUUCCAGGGGUUUAGGCUUUAUUUUAGAUCCCCCCAAAUGCAGCAAGCUUUCCCUGCAAUGUGACAUUAGCUGUUUAAUUCUGUGUUGGUGAACGUAACAUAGAGCUGUGCCUUUAGCUGAUAAUGAACGCUUAAACUAUUACACGUGUUGCCUUACCGUCAGAGAAAGAGAUAGGGCAUAUAUGUAAGACGACUUCAAACAAACAAAAUUGUGUUACAGCAACUUUUAUUUUGUUUACAGCUUUCUCACCUAAUGAACCCUGGGAGAUACCUUGAAGUAUUCUGCUUGCAGCCAGUAUUUGAUAGCUUGCUUGGCUUUUAAAAUCAAAUGAUGUUCAUUUUUAUACAUUUUCCAAACUGAAAGUAUAUAUUAAAGCCAUAAGUGAAGACUGUCAUGCUUUUUAUUCUGAAAUCUGAAAGAAACCUUAAUUAAAACAAGAUUUUGGUGAAGGCCAUGAUAUGAAAGAUAUGGAACAAUAUGGUUUCAGUUAUAGGCAGACUCAAACCUGUAAAUCAAAGAUGAAAGAUUUCACUCAAAUAGAAUUAUAUAAUUCUCUUUUGUUAUGCAGUCAGACUGUAUCUUUCAUGCAUUUGGGUUUGUUUACGAUUAGCAUUUUAAUUUUAAAGACUUUUAUUACUUAUACAAAAGCUCUCUGCUACAAGUUAGAAAUCUGAGGCAUGCUUUGAAAAGGGAAAUCUAAAAAAGGAAUGUCAUUUCCUAUAAUGCAAAAUAAACUUUUAUUCCAAAAGGCUUACUCUAAAAUGGACGUAUGCCCCUCAGAAAGUAAAAUAAAAUUCUACCUGCCAUUUACAAGCCAAAAUCAUGCUUGUUUUAGUAAUGCAAAGCGUCCCAGCCAGCUAAAUUAACUCCUGGUGCAAGCCACCUUGCCUGACUUUGAGCUGUUCUGAAGGGACUGUUCACAUGACUAAAGCAAUCAGAAGUUCACCCUAUAUUUUUAGCAGACUUGUGAUGGCAAUCUUACUUGCCAUUUACUGCAAUUCGCUUGUGGUCUUCAAAGAAGUUUCCCUUCAAGGAAACCAAGGACCAUAGCUGAUGAGUUGGGUAAUUUGUAAAGCUUUUCACAUUUUGAAAUAAUAGCUGAAAAAUUUUAAUUGAGUGCACAGCAAGAUCAUUUUAGAAUUAACCCCGCAAAUGUAAAAUCUGUGUCCUUAGCUUGCAUGAAAUGGAAUAUGAAUUGCAGCUUGAAAUGUGAUUUACGAACUUUGCCAAUUAAAGUCUAUAUUCUGGGGUGGAAAUCAGCUAAAGCUGUCCUUUGUAGCUGGAAAUGCUUUUAAAAUUCCAGAAUAAUUUGAAUUAAACCACAUUAUAAACUCACACUUACGCAUUUAUACAGGCAUACGCCCAGACAGACAACUAGACAUGCUAUUGGUUAAAGUCAGGAUCAUUUGGAUAAGCAAAUGUGCAAAUAAACUGCACACAGAUUGUGUCCAGAACUCUGCUCUCACUGAAGCCAAUUGCAACAUCCUCUUUGAUUUCGGUGGGAGAUGGAUCAGGACCUGUUGUUUUCUUUGUGUGUGCGCUUUUUUUUUUUUUUUAAGUCCAGAACACCAUUACUUUUUGAUUAUGUCAUUACAAGGCACCGUACAGCCCUCUGGGAAAUGAUUGAGGCUUAUGGUGAAUAUCAACACUUCCUUCCAAGCAGACCUGGGCUUUCCGAGAGGGCAGUUUCACUUGCUGCUGUUUUCUUCUCACAGAAUUUUUUAUUACCAUCAAUAGCUCCCUAUGGAUUGCAGUUAAAAUAUCUCCCAGCAAUUUCAGUCACACUUCCAGGGAAACAUUCACAUGGACACUCUUAAAAAUGCCCGGUUUUAGCUGGAUUCAAAAACAGAUUCCAAGAAUUUCAAAAAGGUGCAUGAACUGCAUGUUUUUCUGCUUCUAAUGUUCAAAUCCAGAGGCUUAGGAGCUCUUUUUGAAGAAACGCCAUAGACUUAUGUCUCUUGUGGACCUCUGCUUAGGUGAAGGAGAUUGACACUUCUGAAAAUUAAGUCCCAGAUAUUUCUAGCCAGCUGCCAAAAUAUCAACAUCUGAGCUUAAAUUACUUCUAAAAAUGAUCUGAAAUGGGUAAAUAAGGUGGGAGUAAAUGAUGAUUCCUUUGUCCAUGGAGACAGUGAAGCUGAGGAGGUGGCAGCGAGCCUUCAGAGCCAGGGUGGCAUGGGGCCUGCAGGUCCCACAGGACUGCCAUGCCAGGCCACUAGCAGCAAACCCUUCCCUUGCAUUCCACCUCUGGAUCAAGAUUUCCCUAAGCCAGUGGUCGGCUGAAUGAGAGAUGCCACAGCAGGAAGUACCACUGACAUGCUUGCUCCAGUCUAUAUUCUUCCCUACGGUUAGAUGCUGCAUAUUAAGCUCAAUGGCAUAUUGGUCUUUUUGUGCAUUCUUAGGUACUUAAGUUCAUAGUAGAGCCUGAAAACUGAAAAAUUAUAUGGCCCAGGAUUUCAAGAAAAAAAAUAAUUCUUAUCCAGCUUAAUGCUUUUACCUGGGCUGGAGAGGGAACAGUGAUGGGAACAGCAAAUCUUGAAACUGCUAAAUCCUAAGUCUUGCACUUCAUUUCUGGACUCUCUGUGUAGAAGUUCUGUAUGUACUCAUUUGGCUUUAAUAUAAUCUGCAGCAAUGAAAUGUUUGAUUAUAUUAUCCUUCUUCAGGCAAAAUGUCUAGCAACCAAAGUUCAUGGGAAUUUUGGCAGUGUAAAAGAUGACAGAAGGAGUCAGUUUCAGUUAACGUACCUUCUUAAUUUUACAUUCAGCGAAAAUUAAGUAACUAACUUGAGGCAAGUGAAUUCAAGGAAAAUAAAAUCAUU